AUGGGGUUGAAGAGUCCCAGCGAAAAUAGGACUGAGUGCCACUGCUGGGACUACUCCUUUCGUUGGACCGACCUCCACUCCUCUGCCGAUGACCUAAAACCGUUGAUGUACAGAUUUGAUUCCCUAGCCGACGAAUGUGUGGACCGCUUAAACAAAAUACCCUCCACCGACGAUGGCCCUGAUAAACGGUCUUUCAAUAAAGAUCUUUAUGGCUUACUGAGGGAUCACGCCGAGGAGGAUUCAAAACUCAAAGAGCUCUGGACGGAGAUCAAUACAGUUCCGGAGUGGGUGGACUGGGAUCGGAUUCAACGGGCCCAGGAUGUUUUCUUUCGAUAUGGCCUUCCGAUUCUCCAUGCUCUCAACUUUGAAAGCUUACUUGGUGGAAUGGGAGCAACCCGAGCCGUCGAGACCCUUUCACGAACAGGUGGUUUCGGGGCUAAGGUGGUACGACGAAGAUUACUCGAGACACUUCAGUAUCUGCUUCAGGUUAAUAACUCCGUGAAAGGCAUGAUGCCAGGUGGGGAUGGCCACGUAUCAUGUGUUCGUGUCCGACUGCUGCAUUCAUUGGUCCGCAAGAGGAUCCUAAGUCUGGUAGACCAAAACCCUGAAUACUAUGAUAUCGAUAAAUAUGGCACGCCGUUUAAUGAUCUAGACUGCAUUGGCACGAUCAUCACACUCUGCAGUUUGGUGGUAUGGGUUGGUCUUCCGCGACAGGGCAUCUAUCUCAGCCAGCACGAAACCGAGGAUUAUAUCGCGCUGUGGAGGCUAGUUGCCUACUAUAUGGGCACACCGACGGAUUCAUUUGAGAGCACAGCAAAGGCUCGUGCUAUGAUGGAGUCCCUUCUGCACUCCGAAAUUGAUCCCACUGAGACUGGAAAGAUUCUGGCUAAAAACAUCAUCAUUGGUCUGGAGAAUACAGCUCCGACUUUUGCGUCUAAGGGAUUCAUGGAAGCAAUGAGUCGGCUACUCAAUGGAGAUCAACUGGCUGAUGAGCUUGAUAUUCCUCGGCCUAGCUUAUACUAUCGGUUGCUGAUUUGGGGAUAUUGCUUCUGGGUUAUGACCGUCUCCUAUAUUGUUCCGAAGGUAGAUUUCCUCGACAGGAUUAUGAUUUCACUCCACCGGAGGCUCUUCUAUAGGUUCAUCCUCAAUGAGAAGACAGGACUUGGGAAGGAGUCGCGGUUUGAGUUCAAAUAUGUGCCUACUCUCGAUCGCACAACUCACCUGGGCCAGCGAAGAAGCACGCAUUUCAAGAGACCCGGCAUUGAAAAUCUGGCACAGUUAGGUCUUCUGGGGGCUUUUAUUGUAGUAGCCACUUUGAGUCUGGGACUUGUUUUUGCGGCAAGGAUGGUUCUUUCGCAGCUCUUCGUGGUUGAUGUAUAA